UGCGAUAUAGGAAAAAGUAUCUCAGAGUUCGAACCCAACACGACAAAGAUUGAUUAUAUAAAUACCUCACUACCUUCGCUCUUUUUCUCACACCUUCAAUCUCUCUCUCUCUCUCUCUCUCUCUCUCUCUCUCUCUUUUUGUGUUUGUGUGAAAACGAUUGACAAUAUGUCUUCGCUGAAGAAGGUGACGCUGAAGAGCUCAGAUGGCGAGAUUUUCGAGGUGGAAGAGACUGUGGCGAUGGAGUCACAGACGAUAAAGAGCUUGAUCGAAGAUGACUGUGCUAACAAUACAAUCCCAUUGCCUAACGUAACAAGCCGCAUACUCUCACUCGUCAUCCAGUACUGCAAGGAGCACACGUCCUCCUCUGACUCUAACUCUUCCAAGUCCAAUGAGGAGCUCAAGGCCUGGGAUACUCAGUUCAUCAAUGUCGACCAGAACGUCCUCUUUGAUCUCAUCAUGGCGGCCAACUAUUUGAACGUUAAGGGGCUAUUGGAUUUAACUUGCCAGACUGUGGCAGACAUGAUAAAGGGAAAGACUCCAGAACAGAUUCGUGCGAUAUUCAAUAUUGUGAAUGAUUUCACUCCAGAAGAAGAAGAGGAGGUUCGAAGGGAGAAUGCGUGGGCAUUUGAGUGAAAGAAAUAGAGUAGUUUCCCUUCUUUUCUAUAUAUAUUUUAGGUUUUUUUUUUUUUUUUUGAGAAACCUAUAUUUUAGGAAUGUUGAUCUAGUGAUAGGGUUCGGCUUUGGUUUUGUCUCAAGCAGUAAUAAUAGGUUUUGAUGAAGGAAGUUUAUGUUGUUAUGAUUUUAAUUAACCUUAAAUAUGUAGCUUAAUUUACUUUGUGGUCAAAAUGUGUUAUGCAUAAGAGGUGUUUGUUAUCUUAGAA